UCCAAAAUGCCAAAAUCCGUACGAAACUCGCGUCGUAACAGCCGCGCCGGUUCUUCAAAUUCGUCCUCCUCUCCCAGCAAUCAACCGCGAAAGCGUGUCAAACGUUGUUGCCGUAACUUUGUCACAUUUAUGUGCACGCAAGUGGGCGUGGGCGCGUUGAUAGUACUGUAUGCCAUCUUUGGCGCACUCUCCUUUAUGCAUAUAGAGCGUGAAUAUAUUGACGAGACGACAGCCUAUGUCGCUGAGUUGCGGAAUAAUUGUGCGGAGAAAAUGUGGAAUAUCACUGAAAAGUUCAACACUUUUGAUCGCGCUGAAUGGCAAAACAACACGGACGUAAUAUUGCGGCAAUAUCAAACAGAAAUUGCUACGUUGAUAAAAAAUGGCUAUGUGGGUCGAACGCCGGAGCAAAUUUGGUCCUUUCCUGCGGCGUUGAUGUUCUGUCUAUCAGUGAUUACAAUGAUCGGAUAUGGUAAUAUGGUGCCACGUACACCGUGGGGAAAAGGAUUCACAGUUAUCUACGCGACAUUCGGUAUACCACUCUAUAUACUCUACUUCCUGAACAUGGGCAAAGUAUUAGCGGGCUCAUUCAAAUUUCUCUAUCGCAGCAUGCACGAAUGUACGCAGGAGCGAACAGUAUAUGAAUCUCGUCUAGAUGCACUGGAAAAUGGUAGCUUAAGCGGAUAUCAACGCAAGAAAAUUAUUGUACCAUCAACAGCUUGCCUUUGGGUAAUAAUAUCCUACAUCCUUACCGGCACCGUUAUGUUUGCGAAUUGGGAAAAAUGGUCCUUUCUCAACUCCUUCUACUUCUGCAUGACUUCCCUGUGUAAAAUUGGGUUUGGAGAUUUCGUACCUGGAGCGUCAUUGAUCACUGCAGCUGAUAUUGAUGCGGCAGCAGUGAAAAUAAAAGAAGAUGCUUCUGCCGAUCCUGAAGAAAUUUUUAAUAUGCAAUUAAUAACCGAUCAAAAUUCCAAAUUAGCAAUCAAUUUCUUUUAUAUGCUUAUCGGCAUGGGCCUGGUAUCAAUGUGCUACAAUUUGAUGCGUGAGGCGGUACGCAUGAAAAUAAAUGAGAUCAAAGAGGAUACGAAAUUGUGCCUGGAAGAUACGCGUAUACGUUUUAUGGGCUGCUGUGGGACGCGUGAAUACUAUGACGACGUUUACUACUAAAAUAUACCAUUUAAAGACAUACGAUAAUAUUUAUUUUGUGUGUUGAGUGGAUGUAAAAUCGACGAGUAAAGAGGAAUGUGAAUUUUUAAUAAUGUUUGGAUUUUUAUCAACAAGAGGUACUUAAGUGGUCAAAGCCAUUGACCACUAAUAUGAAAUUAAAUGUGUGUACAAAUAUAAAUAUUUACAAUUGUGCGUAAUUGCGGGAAUGUUUUGAUAAUCGUUGUGCUUUUGAAUAGUUAAUGUUUUUUUUUUUGCGUUAAACAAAAUGUAUAUGGCAACUGGGUACAAAUUCGGCAAAAAGGUGAGGAUCGAUUUUUUAACAAUACUUUUAGUAUAAAUCCACAACUCAACAUCUGCGG